AUGACUGAUGUGGUAACGAUUAUUGGAUUUUCGGAUGAUCAAGAUUCAGGGGGAGAUAAUUUUGUGCAAUUAGCUUUUGAAAACUCUGACCAAAAUAUCACUAAAUUUUUCUUAGAAUUCGGAUUCAAAAGUAAUGAUACUCAUAAGAUAGCUCUAGGGCAAGUUGACAUUUCAAACUUAAAUAUUAGUUUAAUAGAUGAUGAAUAUAACUUGUUUAAUAUUAGUAUCACAAUAGAUUCAGAUAAUGAGGAUUAUUUUAGCGUGGUUAUCUAAAAUAGCUAUUUCAACAUUGGCUAAAGAUUUCAAGAUAACAUUAACUAGGAUUAAAUAAAACUUCUAAAUCUCUUAAAGAAUUUCCCACUUGAAUUUCAAAUGCAUUUUGCAUCUUGGAAGAUGGAGCAGUCUAUCGAUAUUAAUUCUGAUGACACCUAAUCAACUUCUCAAGAUAACUAAUCCUCAUUAUAAAGUAUUUAAGACUGGAAUACUUAAUCAUCAAUUAGAAAUCUCAAAUACAUUGAAAGAUCUCAACUUAAUUCAAUGAGUGUUGACUCAGAUAGUAUCUUAGAUGUCAAUAUUUUCUAAAGCUUAAGCACGAUCUACACUCCUCUCUGGGCUUAAAAUUCAAAGAGGACUUGCAAUUUUCAAGAGUGGAAUAUCAUCAUGGAAAAAUUAUCCCUAAAGCAAUAAUGCUCAAAGUUCAAUUAUUUCUAUUAAAAAUGA